CAGUUUUGAGACUACAUCCAUACCUAACACGGCACCAGAAACGAUCUGUCGGAAAACAUGGCAUCCGGAAUCACGCUGACCUGUGCUCUUCUCAUAACAGCUGUGAUGACCAGCGAGGCAUCAUUUGGUGGUCACGAACAUGUACACAUCCGAGUGCAUGUGCCACAUCUUAUCAACGAAGUGCAUCACCAGAAGAAAAUUAUUCACGUAGAGCACGCCCAUCACGACGAUCACCACGGCCAUUACGAUCCUCAUAGCUUCGACGACUUCGGAGGAAGUGAUUUUGGAGGAAACGACUUUGGAGGAAACGACUUUGGAGGAUACGGACACCACGGGUACCCGUGAAGCAGCAAUCGAGCAUGAGACUUUCGAAUCAUAUUUAUCAAAACAUAUCACUGAAAUGUCCGAGUUGUAGACGAUCUUCGAGUUACAAGACCACAGGGAGCAUGGAAAGAACAAUUGAGGCCCUGUCUUCCGUCCCAAAUUCUCUUUAAGAGGUGUCUCUGAACGUCACGUAGGUUUUGUUGCUCGGUGAAAGCAGUCUGCCUAACUGGCACGGGACAUAUUAAUGGUCACCUGUGUUACAUGAUUAUAGACAUUUGUCUUCGUUGCUGAAAUAGACCUCCCACUCUUUUAUUUUUCAUUCUGCGUUUCAUUCGAUUUUACUGCCAUCAGCUGCAUUAGCGUCCAACUCGAGAACGCUUUUCAUUCCAGCUUUAAGUCCAAAGGUAGGAGUAGACAUUUCGAACAGUUCAAUAUGGGGACCUUACUGUAUAUUAGCGUCGAUAUACGAGGGAAAUAUAAGUAUAUUAAUAUGGCGAAGCUUAUGAUCGUAGCACUCACAAUCGUAAUUACGUAUAACUAAAAUAAAGCGGCUCAUGUAAGGAGGGUUUGUGAUCAUGAUGAGCCAAAUUCAUGUCACUGAAUUCUGAC